AUCUCGAGGUUCUAGUCGGCUUACAUUUCGGGGUUGCUGUAUGUAUGAUAAACCAAAAAACCAGUCGAAGUUGAGCUACACAGAGAAAGACUGAUAGACUUUUUCUAAAUUGUCCAUCCGUCGUCUUACAUACUCCUUCAAGUUACAGACGAAAUGGCUGAGCAAUUCAAGCAGUUGUGCCUUCUGCUGCUAACUCCUCAGUGCUACGAUGAGUUCUUCGUCAAUUUUAAUUUCCUUGAUGUUCCCUGUCUCAAAGCUGCCCUGAGCAAAGGCCUGGGAGUAGGAAUUAUUGCUGGCUCAAUGUUAGUAAAAGUUCCUCAAAUCACAAAAAUAUUUGGAGCUAAGAGUGCCGAAGGUAUUAGCAUUGCAAGUGUAUUUCUGGAGCUCUUUGCCAUAACUGCCAAUGUCGCCUACAGCUAUACCAACAAGUUUCCUUUCAGCGCCUGGGGUGAAGGUCUAUUUUUGGCUUUACAAACGUCUGCAGUUGCCGCCAUGGUUCUGCUGUACGGAAACCAAGCAAGGACUGGGAAGAAGAAAGAAUCUGGUGGAAGUGCUGUCCGCGCUUGUUUGUUUCUUGUGGUCUACACGGUUCUCUUCCUUGUUUUGACCACUGGAUUUACCCCACUUGAUGUGCUAUGGUCUUUACAAGCAGCCAACGUACCCAUCAUAUUGGCUGGAAAGCUCAUUCAAGCAUUUGCCAACUACAAGGCGGGCUCAACAGGCCAGCUCUCUGCAGUCACUGUUUUCAUGCUCUUUGGGGGAUCGCUUGCUCGAAUCUUCACGUCGUAUCAGGAGACUGGCGACAUGACAAUGAUCAUAACCUACUGUGGCUCUUCAUUUGCCAAUGCCAUCAUUGCAACCCAGCUGAUUUACUACUGGCCAAGAGGUGCUGGAAAGAAAGAGAAGAUGCGCAAGAAGAAAGAGUAAAUAACACUGGAACAAGCUAUUUUUCUUUUGAGCGUAAAUUUGGUGGAUUCUAUUGAAAUCUUAUGGGUGUCUUGACUUCUGUGUUAGGAAAAAUUUUAAUCUUUGGUGAAAUUCGAGUUAAAGUGUCGCUAGGUUUCAUUUUUAACAUGUUAGUCUUGUCACAUUUCUGCAGCGUAGCUUGUAUUUUGAAAAUUUCUUGACGAUGGUCAUAUUAUUGUUGUUACUUGCCCAUUCCAUGAGAUGUUACAUGUGUCUAAAUGAUAUCAUUUAAUUAUUAAAUAAUGUUUUUGAUAUUGAAGUCCAAGA